GCCAUGUACGGACACAACCCUCCUGGCCACCGCCCUGCCGCCGCCGGCGGUGGCAGCGGUCGAGGUGGGGCAGUGCCGCCACUACAAGCACUACCUCCGACUCCUAAUUAUUUCAUCCAGAACGUAAAUCCCUACUUCCAAAAUCCUACUUUCCAGGCCAACCUCGGCCUCCCAUACCUCCAAAACCCUACUUUGCCAACGCAAAACCCUACUUUGCCAUUGCAAAACCCUAAUUUGCCAAUGCAAAACGCUAGUUUUCCAUUACAAAACCCUAGUUUUGCAAUCCAAAACACUAAUUUCACGGGGUUCAGGCCUCAACCCCCAAAGCGGAACAAAGAGGCUUUGGACAGGGUCGACGGCGCCGUUGUCAAGGCUCGCCGAGACGUUAUUGCCGCCGGUGAAAGCGUGUCGGCGUGGAAGGUGUCUCAAUCAGCGUUGUUGGCGCUACAGGUUGAUUCCUGGGAAUCGUUGGGGUUUCCGAUGCAGGAGGUUCCGUCUCUUCACAGCCUUAUAGUCAUAGAGGGAAAGAUCAAUUCAUUUAUCCACUGCUUUGUUGGGGUUCGAAGAAUUACUUCAUUGUAUGAUUUGGAAAUGGCAAUCUGCAAGAAUGAGGGGGUUGAGCAGUUUGAAGAUCUUGAAUUGGGUCCUUUGGUACGGCAUCCACUUAUCAUGCAUUAUUUUUCGAUCAGUUCUGAUGCAUCAGGAGUAUUUAAGAUAACUAGCGCAGAGAUAAUAUCUUGUCUUGAUGAGUUUAUGGAAGCUUGCAAAGAUAAACAUAUUAUUAUUGAAGAAUUCCUGGAGUACAUUGCCAAGAAGCGAUCCCUCACAGGGAGGGAAAGGCUUGGUGUGCGAAUUCAAAGCUUGGGGAUGCAUAUUAGUUUCAUCCGUGAAGCUAGGAAGCUAGAACAUGUGACUUUAAAGAAGAGUCAAGGGUCACUUAAACAGAUUCCUGAUAAGAAAAUCAGGGAACACCCUCUUCGGUCUUCAGAGAAAAAGAAGUUAGAUGAACGCUUCAGUGCCAUGUCCCAGCGUGUCAAGUCAUUUGCCUCAGCACACGACGAUUUUGGUGGUAAACACACAAUAUUUGUUUCAUCAUGUUCAGAGGAGGAUGGUAGUGAUGAUCAUAAAUAUGAAGAGAGUGAGGAAGACAUUGAUGGGUGCAGCAAUAGCAAGUUUUCAUCACCAAAUUCCAAAACUCGUGACAGAGUGAGUAGCUGCCCCUACCCAUCAGCAAUUGAAGAGAUGACCCGACUUGGAUUGAAAGGUGAAACAGAGGGAAACCCUUCUGCUAGUGGCAGUUCAAUGCACAGUGAGAAUACUGGGCCCUUUAAAAGGAAAAGAAAGUCCAGCAACCGAAGUUGCACUGUUUCAAAAUACCUCAAAUUGCCUAAAAGAAAUAAAUUAGAACUAGUUCCUCUUUCAGUGGACCAUGAGAAUGAGAAAAAGGAGCUUAACAAUCUGAAUGAAGCGGAUUUUUUGCUUGCUAAUGAUUCUAUGAGGAUGUUCAUCACAACCUGGAAGGAGGCAUGUCGAGAGCACACCAUAGCUGAGGUUCUUGAGAGGAUGCUUCAGUUCCACGGCACACAAACUAAACAAAGAAAGAUAAUGAAAUCAAUGCUUUCAUCUUACCCAUUUGUUGGGUUGCUAAAUGUUGCUGUGACAUCUAUUAAAAGUGGAAUGUGGGAUAGCAUCUAUGAUACUUUCCAAGCCAUCAGUCAAGAUGAAUUAACUAACAAACUUCCUGAUAAGCAUUCUGAAUAUGAAAGCAUAGAUGUUGAGCCAAGCGAAAAUGAUACAGUUGCCAUCACUGACUGCAUUUUGGAACAUAGACACAGUGUCACUGUUGAAGAUGUUAUGAGGAAUUUAGUUACAUUUUUUGAGCUUGAUCAUGAUAUUUCACACAGUGGAAAAUCACCGCUUGAAAAGAAGUUUCUCCUCUUGAGGCAGCUUUCGAAUUGUGAGUUUUGGCUUGCAGAAAAAUUUUCUGUUAAGGAAUUUAAGUCCCUUGGUUUCGGAGAUUUUUUCACAUUCCUAGAAAAACAUGCCUCUAUACUGCCUAAUGAACUGCACAAGUGCUUGACCAGUGACACAUAUGAGAAGUCACCUUUGGAGGUUUGCAUGCUCCAAAAACAGUUGGUUGUAUUGUUAUCACAAGCUUCAAAUAGUUUAUGGGAGAAUGAAACUUUAACCAAACAGAAGAUUUCAAUGCUCCUUAAGAGGCAAUUUCCAUCAGUAGGUUUCAAAAUAUUGGAAAAUGGUUGCAUGGACGAUUUUCUAGAUAUUGUGAGAGAGCAAAAGAGCUGUGUGGUUUCCACCUGUGUCUUGUUUUCUUCAACACUUUUAGGCACAUAUUCUAUCAAAGACUCGUCGGUUCAUAAUGAGGAGUCAUUGGAAAACGCAGGUACCAGUACUGACAUAGGCCAGAAAGCAGGAAUACUCGGUCCUGUUACAACUAAGGAUGCAAUUGAAAUCUUAAUUAGGGCACCCAUGUUGUCUGAUCUAAAUUCAUGGUCACAUUGGGACCUUAUAUUUGCUCCCUCUCUUGGUCCUCUUGUAUGGUGGUUGUUGAAUGAAGUCAAUACCAAAGAGUUGUUGUGUCUGGUGACAAAAGAUGGUAAAGUAAUGCGAAUUGAUCAUUCAGCUACUGUGGAUUCGUUUUUGGAAGCUUCACUUCAAGGAUCUUCUUUCCGAACUGCAGUGCAACUUUUAUCUUUGUUUUCAUUAUUUGGGGGAAAAAGACACGUUCCAUUCUCACUUUUAAAAUGCCAUGCACGUCAAGCAUUUGAGGUCAUUUUAAGGAAUUCAGUGGAAAAUAUGGAAGUAAAUGAGAGUCAGGACUCUCUGAUGCAUGGAAAACCUUUAUUCCAACGGGAAAUGCUUGAUAUAGAUGCUACUAGUAAUUUGAGCAGUGGAUCACAGAGAAACAUGAGCAGAACAAGUAAAGCGGUUCCUGUUGCAUCGAGGUUUCUCCUUGAUUGUCUUGGUUAUUUACCUUCAGAGUUUCGAAGUUUUGCUGCUGAUAUAUUGCUCUCAGGGCUGCAACCUUUUACAAUAAAUGGCCCUUCAGCCAUUCUGGAUGAAUGCAAUCAAAUGGACCAGCGAGUCAUGCUUCAUGAAGUAGGUUUAUCUCUUGGUGUAAUGCAGUGGAUUGAUGAUUAUCAUGCAUUUUCUUCUGCUGCUGCUACCAACUCCUUCGUGUCCUCUGGGGCUUUGUGCUUGCAAGCUGCAAGUUCUGAGCUCAGAAGAGGGACAAAGUUUACUCAAAAUGCAUUGGCUAAGUUUCCCUCAUGUGAAGGGGAAAUGAUAAUUUCUGAUGGUGCAUGUGGGCAUAAUGAAGAACAUAGUGAAAUUUGUCAGACGACUGGUAGUGAGGGAGUUUCUGUUGAUAGGUCUGGACAUGGUUGCAUACUAUAUGCACCUGAGCUUAAUGAGCACAAGGAUGCAACCCUAGUUAUUGAAUCUAUUAGGCGAGAUGAGUUUGGUUUGGAUCCAACUCUCUCAAGCAUGGAGAGCAGCAUGUUGAAGAAACAGCAUGCUCGAUUGGGGAGAGCACUCCAUUGUCUUUCACAGGAAUUAUAUUCUCAGGAUUCACAUUUUCUUCUUGAGCUGGUUCAGAAUGCUGAUGAUAACAUCUAUCCAGAAAACGUUGAACCAACUCUAACGUUCAUUCUUCAAGACAGGGGUAUCAUUGUUCUAAAUAAUGAGCAAGGUUUUUCUGCUCAGAAUAUUAGAGCACUUUGUGAUGUUGGAAAUUCAACCAAAAAGGGUUCUAAGGCUGGAUAUAUAGGCCAGAAAGGCAUUGGCUUCAAAUCAGUGUUUCGGGUCACGGAUGCUCCAGAGAUUCAUUCCAAUGGGUUUCAUGUCAAGUUUGAUAUAAGUGAGGGUCAGAUUGGUUUUGUCUUGCCAACUGUUAUACCUCCUUGCAAUGUUGACUUGUUCAGGAGGCUGGCAUCUUCUGACACUGACCAAGAGGAUACUGACUCCUGGAAUACUUGCAUUGUGCUUCCUUUCAGAAUGAAGUUAUCAAAGGGAACUGGAAUGAGCAACAUUAUUUCUAUGUUUUCAGAUCUUCAUCCAUCUUUAUUACUCUUUCUUCAUCAUCUCCGUUGUAUCAAGUUUAAAAACAUGGUCAAUGAUUCACUCAUCAUCAUGAGAAAAGAAAUUGUUGGAGAUGGUAUCAUAAAGGUUUCACAUGGAAGAGAGAAAAUGACUUGGUUUGUAAUAUCUCAGAAGUUACGAGCUGAUGUCAUUCGACCUGAUGUGCAAACAACAGAAAUUGCCAUAGCAUUUACACUUCAAGAAUCAGAUAAUGGGGAAUAUAGCCCACAUUUUGACCAACAGCCUGUUUUUGCUUUUCUCCCCCUAAGGACAUAUGGUCUGAAAUUUAUUCUUCAGGGUGAUUUUGUUCUUCCAUCAUCUAGAGAGGAAGUUGAUGGAGAUAGUCCCUGGAAUCAGUGGUUAUUGUCAGAGUUUCCUGGUUUGUUUGUCACGGCUGAGAGGUCUUUCUGUGCCCUUCCCUGCUUUAGGGAAAAUCCAGGAAAAUCUGUAGCAGCAUAUAUGAGCUUUGUUCCACUUGUUGGGGAAGUGCAUGGGUUUUUUUCUAGUCUUCCUCGAAUGAUAAUCUCUAAGUUACGCAUGUCGAACUGCUUGCUUCUUGAAGGAGACAAUAAUGAAUGGGUUCCUCCAUGCAAGGUUCUGAGAAGUUGGAAUGAACAGGCUCGUAGCCUUUUACCUGAUAGUUUGCUUCGUAAGCACCUUGGUCUUGGGUUCUUAGAUAAAAAUAUACAUUUGUCUGAUCCACUAGCAAGGGCACUGGGUAUUCAGGAGUAUGGGCCCAAAAUCCUUCUUCAAAUUAUAUCUUCCUUAUGUCACACAGAAGAUGGCCUUAAAUCGAUGGGCCUGGCCUGGUUAUCCUCUUGGUUAAAUGCUCUUUAUACUAUGCCUCUCCAUUAUUCUGGGCAAAGUUCAUUAAACUCUAACAUGGAGUCAGAUCUGAUUUAUGACCUCAAAAAAAUUCCAUUCAUUCCUCUCUCAGAUGGUAAUUAUGGCUCUUUGGAUGAAGGCACAAUUUGGUUGCAUUCCGAUUCAUUAAGCACUGAAUUAGAUGGUGAGCAUGGGUUGGGUGCUUUCCCCAACUUAUAUGCUAAACUUCGAAUUGUAAAUCCUGCGCUCCUUUCUGCAGCUUCUGUUGAUAUUCCAUGCAUGGACAUGACUUUAGCAGAAAAUGUUACUAGGAUGCUUCACAGAAUUGGUGUCCAACAGCUGUCUGCCCAUGAAAUUGUACAGGUGCACAUCCUACCAGCUAUGUCCGAUGAAGGAAUCACAAAUAGGGAGAAAAAUUUGAUGAUAGAAUACCUAUCCUUUGUAAUGGUCCACCUACAAUCUAGUUGCACCAAUUGUCGUGUUGAAAGGGAGUACAUUAUCUCAGAAAUCUGUAAUAAAGCUUUUAUUCUAACAAAUCAUGGCUACAAACGGCCUGUUGAGGUACCAAUUCAUUUCAGUAAAGAAUUUGGAAAUACUAUAGAUGUAAACCGAUUUAUUAAUGCUACAAAUAUGACAUGGCAUGUGGUUGACAUCGCCUAUUUGAAACAUCCAAUCACUGAAUCAUUGUCAUGUGGACUGAUGAAGUGGAGGGGAUUUUUCCAGGCAUUAGGUGUUACAGAUUUUGUACAAAUAGUUCAAGUAGAGAAGAAUGUUUCUGAUAUAUCUCACAUGAUUCUCAAGAAUGAGAUGUGGGAUAGAGACCUAAUCUCCCAUGGGACUAUUGCUAAAGAUUGGGAAUCACCUGAGUUGGUCCAGUUAUUGUCUAUAUUGUCCAAAACUGGUGACCAGGAAAGCUGUAAGAAUCUCUUAGAUGUUCUUGAUACAUUAUGGGAUGAUUGUUUUAGUGACAAAGUCACCGGCUACUGCAAUUUCAAAUCCAGUGGGGAUAGAAAACCUUUCAAGUCUUCAUUAAUGACUAGCAUCUGUGAUUUUCAGUGGAUUGCUUCUAGUAUGGAUGAUGAACUUCACUAUCCUAAAGAUUUAUUCUAUGAUUCUGAUGAAGUGCACUUGGUUCUGGGUUCUUCUGCUCCAUAUGCUCUUCCAAAGGUAAGGAGUGGAAAGUUAGCUUGUGAUAUUGGGUUUAAGACUAAGGUUACACUUGAUGACAUUUUGGGAAUUCUUCAAGAGUGGAGAAGGUCUGAGACCCCUUUCAAGGCCAGCAUAGCACAAAUGUCCAAAUUUUACACAUUCAUUUGGAAUGAAACUGGUACUUCCAGUCAGAAAAUUGCAAAGGAGUUCCUUUCAGGGCCUUUUAUAUUUGUUCCGUGUGCAUCUGGCUCUAGGCAUGAGGAUGUUGUAUCUGGUAUGCUUUUGUCUGUUGAAGAUGUGUAUUGGCAUGAUUCAACUGGUUCUGUGGACCGAAUGAAGGAGAUUCUUCCUCGGUGUGACUCAGUAGGUGUGAUAGAUCACCCUCUAAGCAAGAUGCUAUGCAAUGUUUAUCCAGGCCAUCAUGAUUUCUUUGUUAAUGGAUGUGGAGUGCAUGAAAUCCCUUCUCUCCAUAGCUACAUUGAGAUUUUGGUGCAGUUAUCAGCCGUUGCAUUGCCUUCACAGGCAGCCAAUGCAGUUUUCCGAGUUUUUCUAAAGUGGACUGAAGGAUUGAAAUCUAAAACAUUGAGUUCAGAAGAUAUUGUUUACUUGAAAGAAUGUCUUUUAAAAUUGGAAUUUACAGUGCUUCCUACUGUACAAGAUAAGUGGGUUUCCCUGCAUCCCUCAUUUGGGCUUGUGUGUUGGUGUGAUGAUGAGAAAUUAAGGAAGGAAUUUAAGCAUUCAGAUAAUUUAGAUUUUCUGUACUUUGGUAAUCUUAGCGAUGAUGAAAAAGAAAGGCUUCAGGCAAAAGUAUCUGUCCUAAUGCAAACUUUAGGGAUUCCUUCUCUUUCAGAGGUCAUAACUCAAGAAGUGAUAUAUUAUGGUCCAACAGACUCUAGCUUCAAAGCUUCAUUAGUGAAUUGGGCUCUUCCUUAUGCUCAGCGUUACAUCUACAAGAGACAUCCUAAAAAAUAUCGUCAGUUCAAGCAAUCUGGAUUUGGAACACUGAAUCGUCUGCGAGUAGUUGUUGUAGAAAAGUUGUUCUAUAGGAAUAUCAUAAAAAGAUGUGAGAGUGCAUCUAAGAAGCGGUUCGAAGCUAGCUGUCUUUUGCAGGAUAACAUCCUGUACACAACCCAGGAAUCUGACUCUCACUCUGUAUUCAUGGAGCUUUCUCGUUUGUUAUUUGAUGGCACUCCUGAACUUCAUUUGGCAAAUUUUCUUCACAUGAUCACAACCAUGGCAGAAUCAGGUUCCAAUGAAGAGCAGACUGAAUUUUUCAUCUUGAACAGCCAAAAGGUGCCAAAACUUCCUGAUGAAGAAUCUGUAUGGUCCCUUUCAUCUUUGAUCUCCCAAGCAGAGAACGAGGCACCAAGUAGUAAUGCAUCAACGAUGAUUGAUGAGCAAAGCACUUCAAAAACCAAGGAGAAAUCAAGAGUCCACUCAAACUGGCCACCUGUGGACUGGAAAACUGCACCAGGUUUUAGUUUUGCCCGUGCAAAUGGUUUUAGGACACGGGCAGCAGCAUCACAGCCAAGCAGCAGCUGGCAGAAGAGAGACAAUAAUGAUUUUGAAGGCACUAGUACACAAGUGGAUCGAAUGGUUUCAAUGGAGAUUAAUGCCAAUUGGAGCACCGAAGAUGAUUCAGCACCAUCUACAGCGGCAUUGCUUUUUCCAGAAUCAGAAACCAUGGAAUAUCAGUUUGAUCAGACUAGUAAUUAUAUGGCAUCUGAGCAUGUUAAUUUAGCUCCUGUGACUGACAGUCCAGGAUCAAGUUUGUCUAAAUUUAGCAGGAGAGAUCAGCUUAUUACUGGCAUUCCCAAUGCACACCAAGCAAUGCUAACCGGCAGACUAGGAGAGCUCGUAGCUUUCAAUUACUUGUCUGGGAAAGUUGGUGACACGACUGUGAAGUGGGUGAAUCAAGAGAGUGAGACUGGGUUACCCUACGAUAUUGUGAUCGGGGAGAAGGAAACCAGCAGGGAAUUCAUAGAAGUUAAAGCAACGAAAUCUUCAAGGAAGGACUGGUUCAUCAUAUCUACAAGAGAGUGGCAAUUUGCCGUUGAAAAAGGUGAUUCUUUCAGCAUUGCACAUGUUGUUCUAUCAGGUAAUAACGCAGCGAGGAUCACAAUGUUCAAGAAUCCAGUAAAACUAUGCCAGCUGGGGCAGCUGCAAUUAGCAGUUAUGAUUCCAAGGCAGCAGAAGGAAGUUUCUGUUGCCUAAUGACACCACUACCCCAUUUUAUUCUGAAUGUGUAAGCUGGUCUCUCUUGAUGCCAAGAAGAUCAACUGUGACUGGCUUUGUUACUUCAUACUGGGAGUUGAUUGAUUGCCCCCUCCCUCAGAUGGUUUUGGUACUGAGAAUGAGAAAUUUUUGGUGCAUGGCAACACUACCCUGUUUAAAUAAGGCUCUGUUUCUGCAGGCGUUUGUGUACAAUUUUGAGAUGCUCCUAAUUGAUUCUCUCUUUUUUCUUAUACAAAGCAUACCCUAGGAUUAACUUAUAAUACCAAACACCCUGCUGGAAUUUCCUUGUAACAGAGCAAACAUGUUAUACCAUAGUCUUUUUUUUUUUUUCUUUUUUCGCCCCCUCUCUUCUUAUAUUUGGAUUAGAUGUGGGGAGAUGAGUAGAUCAUUCCAUAAGCAAAUCUGGGUUUUGAGGGAUGAGGCUUAAGCUGUGGAAAGGCUUUGUACAGUCUGUUUUUCCUUGAAACUCAUGGUUGAACUGAUUUUGUAUAUACUUGCUAGUUGCAAUUUUGUGAUGAAUAUGGAUGUGGGGCCUGUUUUAGUUCUCACUUUCUUGCUCA